AUGAACCCAGAACUGCGACAAACGCUCAACGUCCUAUCCCACAACUUCGAGAACGCAAAUCAGGCAGCGCAAGAGAACAUCUACAGUUUCACCCAGCUGUACAUCGAUCCCUGUCUCUCCGGGUUUAGAUCAUGCAUCGACGACUGCACUGCGCCAUGUUUUCCGAGUCGCGAUGGCGGCGCAAGGCGUAGGCGUGGUCGCCGGCGCUCGCGAGGACAAGCAGAAAACUACUUCGAUUUCUACGAUGACUGGGAUGACGAAGAGGACCCGGUCGUAGGCGGACAGGCUUGGGGCAAUGACGAACUAGACAGUCUGCUUGCCGGUCGAGGCCAGCAGCCAAAACGACAGCGAGGUAUGAGCUAUGGCUCCAAGAGUCGCAGACGAGCUGGGCCGAUGCAGCCCUCCGACGCUGAGGAAGACCCCACAAUCAUACCCGGCUCCUCUUAUCUUGGCUUUCUGGAACGACUACCUUUCAAGAUCGGGUCUCGAGUGCUGAAGUACAGACCCUCAGCCGCCAAUCUACAAGAGCAUCCCGGCGCGCACAGGUCAGACUUUGAGUCUCAGCCGUUGCUAGAGGAGGAAGGCUAUGGCACUAUACCUGAGACACGGGGCCAUACGCGGCAGAGAAGUGCGACACAGAAUUCCCGAUCAACCACCAACUCUUUGUCGUCGCGUGGCGAUCUCAUCCUUAGCGACGAGGAGGGCGACGCAGUACCAUUAGAUGACGAGUUUGCGGUCAUGCUCUCGUGUCGUAAUACCAAUAAUGAGGGCCCGGACCAGCAGAACAGCGGCAUGAACUCGGCGAAACGGCUGUCUCGAAGGUCAACGCAAAGGACUGUCUCGUCAAAAUCCAAAUCGUCUUCCAACCACAGUACGCCUUCAAAACGAUCGCGAUCGCGGAAGAGCCAGAACUUCACAAGUCCUAACGCAGUAUCUCCGUCGAUUGAAGAAGUCGUCCCAUUUCCAUCCAUGCGGGAGUUGAGGCAGGAAGAGGAAGAAGUUCGCCAAGCUGAGGAAAUGGAGAUAGCGCAGAAGCGCGAGAUCGCGCAAAGACUUGCCGUUGAGCGUGGACUCAGCACUCAAUCCGAUCAGAGUCUAAAAGAAAUGCCGGAAGUAGAAUCAACCGAUUUGGGCACCAGGUCAGCAGUGGAGCUGGACGCUGUCGACGAUGGUCCACGUGGCGAGACACGGUCUAUGACAGACGUCGAUAAUACUACCGAUCAGGAUGCCGAUGUUGAAGACCUCUCCGCCUCGAGAGACACGCUGUCUUCGGGUCCUGGAGCUGCACGAACCACGAGUAGGACGAGCCUUGAUCGAGCAACUCAUCUAGGUCCCAGUGGCCAAAACGCGCACGUAGAUCCGCCCUGA